UUGAUAAUGACACCCAACAGCAACGACAGCAUCAAUAUCAAUGGCGGUUCAAUGCUACAGAGCCAGGGACUGCCGGAGUCCAGAGGAGGUGACGGAGGUGGUGGGCACGUGGUGGAGGGCCGCAAGGGUCUGAAGAAAGGGCCGUGGACGGCCGCCGAGGACCAGAUUUUGAUGGAUUACGUGAGGAAGCACGGCGAGGGAAAUUGGAACUCGGUGCAGAGGAACUCGGGCCUCAACCGGUGCGGCAAGAGCUGCCGUCUGCGGUGGGCCAACCAUCUCCGCCCCAAUUUGAAGAAAGGCUCCUUCUCUCCGGACGAGGAAAGGCUCAUUCUUGAGCUCCACUCCAAGUACGGUAACAAAUGGGCACGCAUGGCUUCUCAGUUACCUGGACGAACAGACAACGAGAUAAAGAACUACUGGAACACGAGGGUGAAGAGGAGGCAACGCCAAGGAUUACCAUUAUACCCCCAUGACAUCAAGCAAUCCCAGCAUUCCUAUUCCCAUUCCCAUUCCCAUUCCCAUUCCCAACCCACAACCACUCCCCAAAACUCCCUUCAACCCAACACCAAUAACUCCCCAUCCCCAACUUUUUGCUUCCAAAUCCAAAGCCCUACCCAAACCCACCACCACCACCACAUCCCACCGCUCUCCCCAACUACUCCGUGUCUCUCUCCUCUCUCCUCCCCUCACCAACCCAAACCCACUUCUCUUACUUCCCUCCCCCUCUUUGACCCCACCGCCACCGCCUCCACCUCUUCGUUCUCCUCCUCUACCCCCUCCUUCACCUUCCACCGCCCCGCCCCCAUCCUCGGUGCCCCGCUCCGCUACAAACGCUGCCGCGACUCCGUUGGAUAUUCCCCGCCGAUCUCCCCAACCCCGCAACGGUACACUUCGAUUCUACGAACUAGCUCGAUGCCUGACAUCGCCUCCUUUCAGUUGACAGCUGCUGGCACUAGCACGAUGCCCGAUAUAUCUUCCUUUCAGUUCCCGAGGACUUUUAACAACCCUUUCCCGCCAAUGCCACCAACACAGUUCGAGUACUCCGACGGUUUGUUGUCGCCUUCCGGCUCAGUUUACUCAGUCCAGUCGGAGCUCCCUUUAAACCAAGUUUCCCAAAUGCACUCCGAGAUUACCAUUGAUGCCAACGUAAGCUCAGCAGUGGCGGCGGAGUCAGUGGCCGAUGAGAAUAACAGCGGUAAUGGGCUACUGGAAGACAUGUUACAAGAGGCUGAGGCAUUAGCUCGCGGUGGCUGCGGCGGUGGUGGAAACAAUAAUUCACGGAUGAGAGGAAAUGGGAUGUUGGGUUCGUUUGAUGAGAAGCAAGUGUCGGAUGAUUAUGGCCGGUGGCUGCAGUCUACAACCUCCAUGGCUAGCUCAUUAUUCGAAGCAAAACCAAUCCAUGAUGAUCACCUGAAUUCAAUGCCUGAAGACUUGUCAAAGCUGUUCAGCUUCAUCCCUUCAACCGAGCCAGUCUCCGAUUGGUAUAGCGACAGCGGAGAACUCUCCAAUGGUCACUCGUCGGGCAUGACAGAUACCAGUUUGGAUUUUGACAUGCAGCAUAUGGCCUCAUUGUUCCCCAUUACUGCCACAGGAGAGCAUGGGAGAGCCUCUAGCUCUUGGGAUAACUUGCCUGGGAUUUGCUGAGGAUAGUUCCAUCUAUAUACAUAACAGAAUAGUAUAUAUAAUUACAUAUUAUUAAGAGUGAAAUAAAAGCUCUGAUGGCUUAAUUAAAAGAAAGUGUAUUUUUUUAAGUAAUUUCCUUGAUGGUGUUUGUUUUCAUCAUGGUUAUCAUUGUCUUCAGACUUACCAGACCUGGUAUAUAUUGUAAUAUUAAUUUAUGUUUAU